AUGCACAAGAGAGUUGGAUACGCGGAGCUCGUGGGUAGCAAGCUCCGCAGCGACAAACUAUUGGCUCGACGGGAUGCAGCGCGGCUUGCCAAGCUCAAAGCCUUUCUUGACCAACACCAGCACGCUUCGCAAUGGUUGGCGUCUGUUGCUGCUCUCAGGGAUGCGGCACGUCAAAACCUCAUUCCAAGCAGCGAGAUGUUGUGUGACGCGAUCCGACGCUGCAGCCUUCGCGGAAGGCUGGAUGUCGCGCGGAAUCUCUACACCGAUUUUCAUCGCGAACUUCACAAGCCGCGUUCGCUGCAGGUGCAUGUAGCCUUCAUGGCCGCUUGCGCGGAGUGCGGGGAUUUUAGGGAAGCCCACGAGCAGUUUGUGCGGCUGUGGAAACGGGACGCAGCGCUCUUGGCGAGCAACGGGGCGCAUGUGCCUGUUGUUAAGGCGGAUCUCACAACCGAAUAUCUUCGCGCUGCGUUGGCGGCGUCCCAACGCCCUCGCGGGAGUCGCCGGCCCAACCCUCCUGGCGAUGGGAACGCGGCGACGGACAAAGACGAAAACAAAGAUGAUGCCUCGCUGCCGUGGGAAUGGCUCUACGGGAGAUUCUUGUACUCCAACGGGACCAUGCGUGGUUUUCGGGGCACAAUGCGUUGA